AUGUGGCGUCGACCGGUGCUCGCCACCGAUCGAUGUGGCGUCGACCGGUGGUCGCCACCGGUGGAGGGACGACACUGUCGGGCGAUGCGCGCGCGAUGGGUGGGAUGGACGCCGCGCGCGUCGACGCGCGGGACGCGCGCGACGGGACGCGCGCGCGCGGGGGUGGGACGAUUGACGACGUUCCCGGACGCGUACGAAUCCAUGGUUCGACAGUGUAAGGAGGCGAUGAAACGGGCGAUCGUGGACGGGACGGAGCUCAUCGAAUUGCAAUUUCCCCCGGGUGGACUCGAGCUCGCGUCUGGGGAUUUAGAGGGGAACGUCGAGUGUAAUCUCACGACCGAACGCCUCAGGGGGAUCUGUGAUGGGUUCAGGGAGCUCGGGAUGGCGGAGAAGACGAGAGUUUUGUUUCCGGAUCCGACGGAGACGCGAUUGGCGCUCACGGGGUCGUCGCCGACGCCGGAUGGGAUUCGAGCGCCCGAGCAGAGCGAGACGCGGGCGAUGUUUGGAGAUUGGGUCGGGCGGGUGGAUUACCUCGAUGAUCCGAGUUUCAUGUCCGUCUCGGGAUUGGAUAAGAUUUUGGGGACGAAGAAGUCGAUCGCCGAACGCAUGGGCGCGGACGACGCCGCGUUCGUCGUCGCGUACCCGAGCGCGAACAUUAGUGAGCUGGCGAAUACGAGGGAUUUGUACGAGGAUGCGGUUCGAGGUUCGGGACGGCCGCUCGUCGUGUGCAACGGGGAGAUGGAGCGCACGCGAUCGAAUUAUUAUCCGCCGUUUUGGAACGCGGGAGAGAUGGGGCCCUUGAGAGAGUUCGCGAGAAAAUUUGAGGGCGUGUACGUCAUUUAUAACUUCAAGGGAUCGAAUCCCGCGGUGCUGUUUCGGGUGUACCCAGAGCCGUGGCAGGUACUCAGGAGACGUCGCGACGGGUCGCUCGAGCGCGUCGCUACGUUUGAGAAGUUUGAGUCAGUCAAGGCUGUGGCGUUAGAGAUAUUGCCGACCCAUCCCUAG